GAUGAUUGGACUAGUCAGUCUAUGGAUGUUUUAAUUGGAAACGCAACAUGUCGCGAUUUGCUUGAUUAGAUUAGGGAAGGUCCUUGUAUGUUUCUUUCACUUUACCAUUCUACGUAGUGAAUUUUUGAACGAUUUGCAACAGUUUUUUUUAUUGUGUCUCUUAUAUUGUAAAACGUCAACGAUGACGCUACUCCUUCAGAAACUUGCUGGAAAAAAAGUUUAUCGUAAGGUGAACAUAACCCUACGACAAUGAGAUGUCCUAUUUCUGAGACCGAAAACGUCCCUUUUAUCAAGAGUAAGACUGUAUAGUGAUACAACAGAAGAAUUAUCAUCAUCCAAGUUGUAUAGUGACUACAACAAAAUGGGACUACUCUUCGCAAAAUUGUGGAGUCUCUUUGGCAAUGAAGAACAUAAGAUAGUUAUGGUUGGUUUGGAUAAUGCUGGUAAGACAACUAUAUUGUACCAGUUCCUAAUGAAUGAAGUUGUUCACACAUCACCCACUAUUGGAUCCAAUGUCGAAGAAGUAGUUUGGAAAAAUAUCCACUUUAUAAUGUGGGAUCUAGGUGGACAGCAAAGUCUAAGAGCAGCAUGGUCUACAUAUUACACUAACACUGAGUUUAUAAUAAUGGUCAUAGAUAGCACAGAUAGAGAACGACUCGGUGUAAUAAGAGAAGAAUUAUACUCUAUGUUAAACCAUGAAGAACUAAGUAAAGCAAAUGUGUUAGUUUAUGCUAAUAAGCAAGAUUUAAAAGGUAGCAUGACAGCUGCUGAAAUCUCUAGACAACUAGAUUUAACAUCGAUUAAAAAGCAUCAAUGGCAUAUACAAAGUUGUUGUGCACUUACUGGAGAAGGACUCUAUCAAGGUCUUGAAUGGAUUGUUGGACGUUUAAAGAAGACAUGA